CCCGCCGGGGCUGAGGCGCGCCACGAAUUCAUCAACUGAAUCUACAACUUUGAGGCAUACAUAGCGGGGUCCCAAACCAUGUCGCUGACCAACACAAAGACAGGGUUUUCGGUCAAGGACAUCUUGGACCUGCCGGACACCAACGACGAAGAGGGCUCGGUGGCCGACGGGCCCGAGGAGGAAAACGAGGCACCCGAGCCCGCCAAGAGGGCCGGGCCGCUGGGGCAGGGCGCCCUGGACGCGGUGCAGAGCCUGCCCCUGAAGAACCCCUUCUACGACAGCAGCGACAACCCGUACACGCGGUGGCUGGCCAGCACCGAGGGCCUCCAGUACUCCCUGCACGGGCUGGCGGCCGGCGCGCCCCCCCAGGACUCAAGCUCCAAGUCCCCAGAACCCUCGGCCGACGAGUCACCGGACAAUGACAAGGAGACCCCGGGUGGCGGGGGGGACGCAGGCAAGAAGCGGAAGCGCCGGGUGCUCUUCUCCAAGGCGCAGACCUACGAGCUGGAGCGGCGCUUCCGGCAGCAGCGGUACCUGUCGGCUCCCGAGCGCGAGCACCUGGCUAGCCUGAUCCGCCUCACGCCCACGCAGGUCAAGAUCUGGUUCCAGAACCACCGCUACAAGAUGAAGCGCGCCCGGGCCGAGAAAGGUAUGGAGGUGACGCCCUUGCCCUCGCCGCGCCGGGUGGCCGUGCCCGUCUUGGUCAGGGAUGGCAAACCGUGCCACGCGCUCAAAGCCCAGGACCUGGCAGCCGCCACCUUCCAGGCGGGCAUCCCCUUUUCGGCCUACAGCGCACAGUCGCUGCAGCACAUGCAGUACAACGCCCAGUACAGCUCUGCCAGCACCCCUCAGUACCCGACAGCACACCCCCUGGUCCAGGCCCAGCAGUGGACUUGGUGAGCGCCGCCCCUCUGAGACUCCGGGCCCCGGGCCCAGGCCCCACCCCGGCGGCGGCGGCGGCGAGGAGGAGGCCUCGGUCCUUAGGGUGGUUAUUAUUAUUAUUAUUAUUGUCGUUAUUACGAAUCCGAGGUGACUUGGCUCUGUUGGGGAGGCUCUGGGAGGUGGCCUGCGGCUCCUUGGAGUGGCAGCUUCCAUCCACCCAGCUCUGCCCCCACCCCUCUCCUUUUGAACCUUUGGAGAGGGCUGAACUAUACGCCUGUUUACAGAAUGUUUGCGCAGCUUCGCUUCUUGGCCUCUCCCUGGGGG